GAUAAGCAAUCCAUCAUUCCAAAGAACUGGGCAUUUUUAAUGGAGUUGCCUUAUCAUUAUUUGGGGGUUAUUGGAAAGAUGAUAGGCGAAUGCAUCAUUCCAAAGAACUGGGCGGGAGGAAAACGUUGUACACUACGGUGUCAGAAUUGGGUAUUUUCAUUGGAAUCAUUCCAAAGAACUGGGCGGGAGGAAAACGUUGUACACUACGGUGUCAGAAUUGGGUAUUUUCAUUGGAAUCUAUCUUUUUCCUCGAUAUGCAUUGUCGGAUUCAUAGAUCUUAUCCCCAUUUAAUAGUAACUAGAAAGUUUAAUAUAAGCGCUUCUUGUUUAUAACAAGCCAAGAGGAGGGAAGUUAAAAUGUACAUACUGUAAUGUGUUAGUUAUUUAAUUAAUUGCCUUCUGGGAGUGCUCCGCAUUGGGUUUUCAAAACCAGUAUAUUUCUCUUCCUGGUUUUGCGUGUAACUAAAUUGCCUUGGGAUGUCUUUUCCAUCAAAUUCCUUUUCCAGAGUAUGGUGGAAUUCGCUUGUGCAAAGUCGUUUGUUGCAGAGGAUAUCAAAUAAUUCUGAUGGUGUCUGUAAUGGGCCAGGGCCCUAUAGUUUUUUGAGACCUUUGGGUGCACAAAGAUGGGAUUCUGGAACACAAAGCCGGAAUUUUGUAACCCAAAAGCAGAACCCAAUUCAAAAGCAUUUGGUCCAUGAAGCUUUACAAUCUUCCGGCAAAUCGGUGCAUUGUGGGUGGAGGCAUUGUGGGAUUAGAACUGAAGCAGAGAAAGGUGUGGCUGAGUAUUCCAGCCAAGAGCUUGCUUCGGAAGAUGAUGGCGAAAACCAGUUUCUGGAGUUUCCAGGUGGGAAAGUUCAAUUUACUUCUGAAAUGAGCUUCAUAUCAGAGUCUUCAAAUACUCGUGUACCUUGCUACAGAAUUCUGGAUAAUUAUGGACAUCAGAUUGCAACUGAUGGUAUAUAUGAGGUUAACAAAGAAUUGGCAUUGAAAAUGUACGAUAGUAUGGUAACUCUUCAGGUAAUGGACAUCAUCUUUUAUGAAGCUCAAAGACAAGGCAGAAUUUCUUUUUAUCUAACAUCUAUUGGGGAAGAGGCUAUCAAUAUUUCAUCAGCAGCUGCUUUGAGUAUUGAUGAUGUUAUUUUUCCUCAGUAUAGGGAGCCAGGUGUUCUCCUGUGGCGUGGUUUUACAUUACAAGAAUUUGCAAACCAGUGCUUUGGGAAUGCGGCUGAUUAUGGCAAGGGCCGGCAGAUGCCUAUACAUUAUGGAUCUAAUGCAUUAAAUUAUUUUACUAUAUCUUCACCUAUAGCAACACAGAUUCCUCAGGCAGUAGGUGCAGCAUAUUCACUAAAAAUGGACAAGAAACAAGCUUGUGCAGUAACUUAUUUUGGUGAUGGUGGAUCUAGUGAGGGAGAUUGUCAUGCUGCAUUGAACUUUGCAGCAGUUCUAGAAGCUCCAGUUAUAUUUAUUUGCCGAAACAAUGGAUGGGCAAUCAGCACCCCAUCUUCAGAACAGUUUAGAAGUGAUGGUAUUGUUGUUAGAGGGCAUGCUUAUGGGAUUAGAAGCAUUCGAGUAGACGGCAAUGAUGCACUUGCCAUGUACUCCGCAGUUAGAAUGGCGCGACAAAUUGCAAUCAACGAGUGCAAACCUGUAUUAAUAGAGGCACUUACAUAUCGAGUGGGUCACCAUUCAACAUCUGAUGAUUCAACCAAAUAUCGUAGAAUAGAUGAAAUUGAGCACUGGAAGAUAAAACAUGAUCCUGUUUCAAGGUUUAGAAAGUGGCUGAAUCGAAAUAAUUGGUGGAAUGAGAAGGAUGAAUUAGAACUUAGGAAUGAAAUACGAAACAAGAUUUUACAGGCCAUUCAGGUUGCUGAGCGCAUGGAAAAGCCAGGCAUAGAAAAUCUUUUCUCUGAUGUGUAUGAUAAAGUUCCAUUAAAUCUCCAGGAACAAGAAAAAGACCUCCGUGAAAUGGUUGCACGACAUAAAGAAGAUUACCCAAGUGAUGUACCUCUAUAGAGACAGAAUAUGAAUAAUAUAACUCUUCACGUUUUCUCAGUAGAACAUGAUUCAUUGAUCAACACUUCCGUGAAGUAGAGGGAUGCCUAUACAUUUGAUGGAUCAUUGGUCUGCUAGCUUCUAUAUAACCAAAUUAAUUAUAUAUUUAGACUUGGCUGUAUAUCA